AUGGCAUCUUCACCAUACUUCUCUGGUGAUAACAGAACCAGAAAACCCUUUGCUAAAAAGAAAAAAAGUGCUCAGCAGACUUUAGUUUCCGCCUUUUUCUCAAAAAAGAAAGAUGCACCACCACCUAUAAAAUCUAGAUCUACUUCUUCUGAGGCCACUGAGCCUACUUUAAAAGAAACCUCAGAAACUUCCACUACCACAACCAAAACCACAACCACAACCACCAUAGAACAACAAUCCACAAAUGGAUCUAAAAGACCUCGCAAACAAUCCAAUGAGGCUGAGAUUUCUAAGAAAAUGCGAACUGAAUCCCCCAAUUCAAAAGAAACCUCUCCUCAACUCCCAAAAGAACCUUUGGAAAAUAAACCUCAUGCUCCUAAACAAUUAUCAAAACCAACAAGGCAAACACUUGAAUUGAUUUCUUCUCAACGACAAGAAAAGUUUGCAUAUAAGACCCCAAGAUCGACCCUUGGCCAACCUCAAAACCAACAACAAGAACAAGAACAAGAACAUGAAUCAGAAGAACAAAUUGCAUUCAAAAAGGCACGCCAUGAUAUGUUCUACGCCAAGCUCCACAAACCAGGAGCAAUUGAGGUCAUCAAACGCAAAGGAGCAGUAGAAACUACUACUCAACAAGAUAACGAAGUUGCUGAGGAUGCAGAUCUUGAUGAUACUUUGGACAUUGACAACAGCCACAAGGACUAUCUAAGCAAAUUUGCAAAUAAAUCUACCAAUAAAAAGUCUACAACCAAAAAAAAACUCACCCCUAUGAACCAACAAUAUGUCGAUUUAAAAAGUCAGCACAAAGAUAUUAUUCUUUUUAUUGAAAUUGGAUACAAAUACUAUCUUUUUGGUGAAGACGCCCAAAUCGCAUCUAAAGAACUUAAAAUCUUUUUCAAGGCUGGUAAGCUCACCCUUGACGAAAAUGAUCCUCAAGACGCCAAAUACCCCACUUAUGCUUACACUACCAUUCUUUCAACUACCAUUGAAAGAAAUAUCAAGCGCCUUGUUGACAAGGGAUACAAGGUGGGAAUUGUAAAACAAAUCGAGACCGCCGCCCAAAAGGCCUACGGCAAAAAUAAAAGUGCACCCUUUGAGCGUAAACUUACUCAAGUUUACACAAAAAGUACAAUGGUUGAUUUCUUUGACAUGUCAAAACCUUCAGCACCAUCAGAAGAUGGGAAAACUGGCUAUCUCAUGGCCAUCACUGAAGCUCCAAAUCCUCCAGACUCUCAUUCAGAUAAUCAGCAUAUUGGCAUUGUAGCUGUACAAGCAUUAACUGGUGAAAUCAUUUACGACGAUUUCAUCGAUAGUUCUGUCAUGCACUCUGAACUGGAAACCAGAUUACUGCAUCUCCAACCAUCAGAAAUUCUUGUUGUUGGUGAAGUAAACAAAACCACAAAAAAACUUUUAAAACAAUUGGCUGUCUCCAAAUCACUUAGUUUUGAACCCCGAAUUGAAACUGUUAAACAACUGGAUAUUAACUCUUCUGACGAUUAUAUUAACGGCUUUUAUAAUAAAAAAGCUAUAGAAUGCAAUGACGACAAGGUCGACGACCUUCUUGGCCAGAAACUAGAUUUAGUCGAUACGUUCCCUGGUCUUGUACGCAUUUGUCUUGCAGCCCUCAUGUCAUACCUUAAAGAUUUUGGUCUUGAUGUCGUUUUUGAUCUUACUCACAACUUUUCUCCCUUUAAUACUAAAACUCACAUGCAUCUCAACGGAAAUACAAUUACAAGUCUGGAGCUCUUUCAAAAUCAGACAAACUUUAAAGUCCAAGGUUCUCUAUUCCAUCUUCUCGACUAUACCCGUACCCCAUUUGGGAAACGCAAGCUCAAACAAUGGAUUUCCAAACCACUCAUUGAUCGGAAAAUGAUUGAAAACAGAAUUGAAGCUGUUAAUGAACUUCGAAACCAAAAUUCUGCUGGAGUUGGCAUCAUUAUUAGUUCUCUAAACUCUUUAUGUGACUUGGAACGCUGCUUAAUUAAUAUUUAUUACAAGAGAGUCUCCCCUAGAAACUUAUAUUAUUUCUUGAACAACUUGCGACGCGUAUCGGAUGUUUUUAAAACGAACCCUGAUUCUUUUGACCUCACAUCUGAAUACCUUAAAAACAUUUUUACUACACUACCUUUGGCUUAUGACAUUGUAACAGAAUUUCUGGCUGAAAUUGACAGUGACAAUGCUACAAAAGACCAGAAAACAGACUUCUUUAUAGAAAAUAAACCAAUCUAUGAAGAUGUAUCUGAAAAGAGAGUCGAACUCAUUAUGGUUAAAGAACGCAUUGCCCAAUAUCUUGAGGACGAAAAGAAAAAACUUAAAAUCAAAAGCUUGAAGUAUAUUGCAGUUGCAGGUACGCCAUAUUAUCUUAAUGUUGCCCGCUCUGAAGCUUCAAAAGUCCCAGAAAAUUGGCAAAAGUACAGUCAAACUUCAGCGGCUGGCCGCUACCGUUCUCCAGAACUUAAUGAUAUGGUCCAAGAAUUCAAUUUCCUAAAUGAUACCAUCAAAAUGAUGUCCAGAACCCUUUUUGACCAAUUUCUUGACCGCAUUAAUGUCCACUAUUCUACCUUUCGAAAUGUCAUUCAUGCAAUUGGAGAUUUGGAUUGCUACGUUUCUUUGUUAUCAAUUGCCACCUUGCCACAUUUUGUGCGCCCAAAAUUUGUCGACUAUGCAUGUUGUAAUAUUAACCAAGGCCGUCACCCAAUGGUGGAGUAUUCUGCAUUAAACAAUGAUAAGUACACCUACGUGGCAAAUAAUACCAAAAUGACAUACGACCAUGACCGUGCCGUCAUCAUCACAGGCCCCAACAUGGGUGGUAAAAGUUCGUACGUACGCCAAGUCGCACUUAUUUGCAUCAUGGCUCAGAUUGGUUGCUACGUGCCAGCCGACAGUGCUAAACUUGGAAUUGUAGAUGCGGUGUUCACUCGAAUGGGUGCUUAUGAUAACAUGCAAGCUGGUGAGUCUACAUUCCAAGUCGAGCUUAAGGAAUGCUCAGACAUUUUGGCAUCUGCCACCAACCGCUCGCUUGUACUUCUUGACGAAAUUGGCCGUGGAACAGGAACAAUGGAUGGCGUUGCCAUUGCUCAUGCGGUUCUUGAAUACUUUAUUAAUACUGUUAAGUGCUUGACUCUUUUUGUCACACAUUACCCUUCGCUAGCCGAGCUUGAGGAAAGGUAUACCGGUGUUAGUAAUUAUCAUAUGGGCUUUUUGGAGGAACCAAAUCCAAAUGUACCUGGAGAAUCUAAAAUCAUUUUCUUAUAUACUCUUGUUAGAGGUGUGGCUCACAACUCAUAUGGUCUUAAUGUCGCACGUCUAGCAGAAAUCCCCGAGUCUAUAAUUGCUUCUGCAAAAAAGAUGGCAGAUCAUCUUAAAGAAGAAGUCACUCUACGUCAGGACUUGUGUUUAUCUACAGAUAUGGCACGGUUUAUUUGUGAAUGUAAAGAUACUCAAAAACAAAAGUUUUCCGAUGACGACUGGAAAGUUGUUUAUAGGUUGUUUUCUAAUGUUUAA